CCCCUGUCACUGGAAGGAGAGAAGUUUAAACUCAGCUACCUUGCUGAGUGUUUCAUAGCAGCAUCUAUCUAUCUCAUUGUGCUGGCUGGGGGACUUGGGAUCAUGAUUUCAAGGGUCUUUUUCCUGUUUCUCUUUGGAGUUAUAGCUGCACAUCUUGGAUAUGCACAGAAGCUGCCAAAAGUAAAGAAACCGAACAUGAAGGUGUACAUCAACAUUACCAGAGACACACUAACUAUGAAAUUCCAUCGUCCAAACCAAAGCAUCAAGUUGGAGGGUUUUAUUCUUGGAUAUGGCAGCAAUUAUUUCACAAACCAGUAUAUUCAGUGGCCAGAUAAUGGGAAGUCAUUUAUCACAGAUGUUGAGGCAGAGGCAAGAUAUUUAAUAGCUGUGAAGCCAAAUGAAAAUCAUAAGACUUGCAAAGAAAAGAAUUCAUCUCAGAAACCUCUUCAACUUGUCAUUGGCACUCUGACACCUACAUCUGUGUAUCUCUCAUGGGGAAUUCUUAUAAAUCCACAAGUUGACUGGUCUGCUCUCAGCAAAUGCCCGAAUGACAGAUUUUACACAGUUCGCUACAGAGAAAAAAAUAAGGACUGGAAUUUCCAGCUUUGUCCUACAACUGAAACCGUAGUCGACAAUCUAAAGCCAAACACUGCAUAUGAAUUUUGUGUGAAAGAUAACUCAGAUGAUGAAAUAUGGAGUAAACCUCAAAAUCACAAGACUAGUCCGAAAGGUAAAGAAAAUGGGAAUAUAGAAAAUACAUACAAAAUUCCAAAAGGCACUUUACAGUAUGCCUCGGAAGACACAAAGGCUCUCAUUCCAGUGAUGGUAGUUAAACAAGGUUUUCAAAAUAUUACUAAAUCGACAGCUGCGCCUCCACCAACAGUACAAAGUACAGUCUUCAGGGAAAAGACAAAAAGACCACCUUUGACCACUACAAGGCCACCAACGCCUAAACCAAAACCAGCUUCCAAAGUAACUGAGUCCCUUCCAGUUCCUAAAACCUCGGAAAAAACUAUUGCAGAAGAUCCCAAACCAGCAGUAACAAGCCAAACCAUUGUGGAAUCUUUCACUCCAGAUUCAUCAACUGGUACCCUAGAAUGGGUCCGAGCCGCAUCGCCUACAAUAUCACCAGUUUCAUUUACAAAAGAACUCCCAAUUCUACAGCCAGAGACUGUACUGGCAAGUGAUGAGCUGGCUACUUACGUGCCUCAACCAAUGACAAUUUCACACAUAAUACCUGAUGUACCAGAGUCUAAUGAUGUACAACACGUGAGCACUGGUAUGCCUAUUAAACUGCACACAACGUCUGGUAAAGGGAUGCGUCCUAAAUCAACUCUAAAAGUGUCAAAAUUGAGUACACACUUACCUUUCCACAAACACACAACUACCAUAGUGGCUUUAUUGCCAGGAGAUGUACCAGAGUCUAUUGAUGUACAACAAGUGAACACUGAUAUGCCUAUUAAACUGCACACAACUUCUGGUAAAGGGAAGCAUCCUAAAUCAACUCUAGUGUCAAAAUUGAGUACAAACUUGCCUUUCCAAAAGCACACAAUUGCCAUAGCAGGUGAGGAGCCGAUAUCCAGUGAAGUUCCACAGCUCCAAAGCUCCACAGUGAGCAGUGAUUUACUUCCAGAGCCACCCAGGACCAUAGCGGGAGAUGUACCUGAGUCUAAUGAUGUACCACAAGUGAGCACUGGCAUUCCUAUUAAACUGCGCACAACAUCUGGUAAAGGGAUGCAUCCUAAAUCAACUCUAGUGUCAAAAUUGAGUACACACUUGCCUUACCAAAAGCACACUUCUACCAUAGGAGAUGUACCAGAAUCUAUUGAUGUACAACAAGUGAGCACUGAUAUGCCUAUUAAACUGGGCACAACUUCUUAUAAAGGCAUGCGUCCUAAAUCAACUCUAGUGUCAAAAUUGAGUACACACUUGCCUUUCCAAAAGCAUACAUCUACCAUAGCCUCACCUACAAUAUUCCCAGUUUCAUUUACAAAGGAACUUCCAAUUGUACAGACUGUACUGGCAAGUGAACCACUGGCUACUUACGUGCCUCAACCAAUCACAAUUUUACACAUAAUGCCUGCAGGUGAGGAGUCGAUAUCCAGUGAAGUUCCACAGCUCCAAAGCUCCACAGUGAGCAGUCAUUUACUUCCAGAGCCACCCAGGACCAUAGCGGGUAAAGGGAUGCAUCCUAAAACAACUCUAGUGUCAAAAUUGAGUACACACUUGCCUUUCCAAAAGCACAAAACUACCAUAGCUGCAAAAAUGAAACCUAUUUAUGGUCCCACUACAAUAUCCAGUUUGGAGAAGACACACACUUACCAUGCAACCACAAGCCAAUUUAUCCCAGGCAAACAAAGCACCAUGUCCUCUAAAACUCACAAAAAACCCACUGAAUUUAUUGGAAAUCCUAGUGUUGUUACCACACCGAAAAUCAUUGUUAAGACUACAGUACAGCAUCCCAUGCCUGUUCCAAAUGAAAUUUUAUCAUUUCAUCCAAAACCUGUCCCUAGCACUGAGGCACCAGAAUCUGAAGCUGACAGCACACUGCCAGAGUCUAAAAUAAUUACAACAGAUGCACCUCAUAUAUAUGAACCAGAAAAAACUACUUUAGCUUCCGAUGGUCACUUCGUUGUUCAGAAGCACACAUCAACAGCCAAGUCACAUACCGCAAUUGCGUAUCGGACUACAACCACAUCUUUUUCAACUAAUACUCCCACUACUUCCCAAAGGACACAAUCUACUCUGGCAUCAAAGAAACAAGGGGUUUCUCCUGCACAACCUAAAAUUCCAUUGCCAAAAAAGACACAAACUACAACUGUUCCAGACAAAACUCAAAAAAUUCCCCACAAAAAGGACCACUCAACUGUGGGCCCAACCCCACAAACUGGUAAAACUGAAAAAGAUGUUUCUUCUAAACCUCACAAAACAUCUCAAAGUCCACCAACAACUGCUGUGCCAAAACCAGCACAAACCGCAAAGAUGCCAAUAAACCUGAUUAGACUUCAUAUAUAUCCGGAUCCAGCACUUCCAAGUGUGCAAAGUGAAACACAAACCACUGCACCUCCAAUCCCUAAAACAACUCAGUCAAAUAAAAUACCGCAGUCAAAACCUGCUCCCAAAACCAUAAAGAAAGUACCUAUACAUGUUAUUAGCAUCCAGAUCUUUGACGAGCCAGAUGUACCCAUGGUUCUUAACACCACAUUGCCUCCUCAUUCCACAACAACACAGAGACCAGAAACCCCCCAUACCACUCCUGUUCCUGUGCAAAAAGUCCCACAACCAAUUACCCAAAAACCCAAAUCAUCUCCUCGGACCCGUACAAAGCCUGCUCCUACUGCAGCACCUAAGGAAACUACUACUUUGCCUAAAAUUCCACAUGUGACUGCUGCAGCAACGUUGGCUACCUAUAGAGUGCAGCAUAGCUCUUCUAGACCAAGGACAUCACUUAGACCAAGAACCCGACCCGGCUCAGCACAGAAUGGAACAACUCAAGGAUCAACUGGAGACUUCAACUGGGUGCCUGGCACAAUCCCAGGUGGAAGAGUUUUAGAUAGUACUAAACUUCUUGGUGUGAGCAGAAAUAUUUCAAUGGAACCAAACAACACUGGAAAAAAAACUUUUUCAGUUUCUUCACCACCUUUGCCCCCAGUGAAACCAACUUCCUUACGUAGAAGAAUUCAGUAUAACAAUGUAACAGGGAGACCGAGAGUCACAGUAUCUUCACCACCACUACCUCCUGUGAAACCAACCACCGUUCGCAGGAGACCACCUACUAAUGUUACAGCUAGACCAAUUCCCCCAGGAUGUGUUCUGAUAUCACGUGCUUCUUCAGCUCCCAAGCUCAACUGUACAGUGGUAUAUAUAAAACCACCAAAGGUGCAGCCAACCUUGCCUGCUACAGACGAAGACUUUGUGGAUCCGACUGUAUUCAAUAUAUCUCCAAAAUCAGAUGUUGAUACACUGGGCAAACCCAGAUUUACAGGACCACAUGUAAAGUACAUAAACAAAGAAGAUAAUAUACCCUGCUCCAUCACAGAGUCUCUUAAAUACUUCCCAACAGAAGAGAGUACCAACCAGGACAUUACAGCUCCUCCCCAGAACCCUCCUAGUAAUCUUACUGUUGUGACUGUAGAGGGGUGUCCAUCCUUUGUUAUUUUGGACUGGGGAAUGCCUGAUAAUGACACAGCUACUGAGUUUACAGUUAUUUCAACAGAAAAUGGAGCACCUGGAGGAAAGAAUCAGUCAAUCAUAACUACAAAUCAGACAUAUUCUACAGUAGAAAAUUUGAAGCCAGACACCAAAUAUGAUUUCAAAGUGGUACCAACAAAUCCUCUCGGUGAGGGUCCAGCCAGUGUAACAGUGGAAUUUAGCACAGAAUCAGCUGAUCCAAGAGUGAGUGAGCCAGUUUCAGCAGGAAAAGAUGCAAUCUGGACAGAAAUAAGAUUUAAGUCAGACUCCUAUUCAGAAUGCAGAGGGAAGCAAUAUGUGAAGAGGACGUGGUAUAAGAAAUUUGUUGGAAUUCAGCUGUGUAACUCUCUAAGAUAUAAGAUUUACCUCAGCAACUCUCUUACAGGCACCUUUUACAAUAUAGGAGAUCAGUCUGGAUAUGGUGAGGACCAUUGCCAGUUUGUUGACUCAUUUCUUGAUGGGAGAACAGGACAGCGAAUUUUGCCAGAGCAGCUGACAGACAGAAAAGGAUUUUACAGAUCAGUACGCCAGCAGCCAGUAGAAUUUGGGGAUAUAGGAGGUCGAACACACACCAGCUAUGUCCAUUGGUAUGAAUGUGGAAUAGCAAUACCUGGAAAGUGGUAAGAAGGCUUCCACGACAGAUUCAUGGACUCACUUCAACUGCCAUCAUCGUUUCUAUAGAGAAUGCGCUAGCUUCAGUCUACUCAUUACCUUCGUGUCUACUAAUGUAAAAUAUGUAUGAAAUCUUUCAAGCAAUUUAUUUUAUUAUGGAGAUAACAGACUGCUUCCAUAUUUAUCAAGAUUAAUACUAAGGAUAUUGUUUUCAUAGGAUAAAAUCUCGGGAAGCUGGCUCCCUGGUUUUGGUAUUUUAAGAAGAGCAGUGUAUGUUAUUUAUCAGUGUUGUAAGAAAUAUUUUGAUGCAAAUUUCUAUUCAAUAUACAGUAUUCUUGAAAUUAAGUUUAAUUGAGAACGCGGUAAUCUUCAUCUAGCUUCAUCGUAAUUUAAUUUAUUUUACUGAAAAAAAUAAAAAAGUGUGGUUUGCAAUUAACCACACGAGGACCUUAUUCCUUUUACUGUAUUUCAUGAAAACAAUAUUUAAAAACAUAGAUUUUAUAACCAGCACUGGGGACUAUACCUAGUAACUGGAUGUUUUGGAAUGGGUAUGAAAAUCCAUGAAAUAUAUGCAGGAAACUUUGAAACUGAGCUGGAGAGUAUAAUACAGCAGAUGUUUCCAUUGCUGUAAAUAUAUGUCAGUCAUUAAAACGUCUCCCUCUGAGCCAUACCCACAUUGUGGAUACAGUAAAUGGACUGACGAUUCAUUCUAAUGAGGCAGGUACUUAAUUGUGUUCAUUUGGUGCAAGGUUCCAUUUUCUUUUUUUCCGGCAAAAAUGUAUUUUUAAAAAUUAACAUAAGCAUGUGAUUUAUAAAUAGAUGUGUAAUUAACUUUCUACAGAAUGUACAGUAUAUCCAAUACAUCUUUAUUUCAAAAAGCUUCAAAGUUUUGUAUCUGAGAAAAGCCUUAUAUGACCUCUACAAUAAAGACAUCGAUUUUGUUUUUUAUCA